UCAAGCUCUGUCAGGUUGGAUGGGGAGCAUCGCUGCACAGCUAUUUUCAGGUUUCUCCAGAGAUGUUCGAUCGGGUUUGUCCUGCCUCUGGCUGGGCCACUGAAGGACAUUUAGAGACUUGUCCCGAAGCCACUCCUGCGUUGUCUUGGCUGUGUGCUUAGGGUCGUUGUCCUGUUGAGAGACUGCAGGGUGGGAGAUGCAACAAUGGCCUUGAGAACAGCAGGAAGUGUGUUGGGGGUCUUCCUCUGGUCUGUAGCAGUGGUACUGGGUCAGGAUGGCUGGAGUGUGACAUACACCACUCAGAGUAUCUGUACCUUGAAGGGGUCAACAGUGGAGCUGACCUGCUCUUACACAUAUCCCAGAGGUCAUACAGUCACAACAACCUACUGGUUCAACAAAUAUGAUGCUGUUGGUCCUGUAAGUCUGAGUGAUGACCCAGACUACAAAGGACGUGUGACGUACCGUGAGGAUGAAGAGAAUGGUCACACCCAGACAAUCACAGACCUGAGAGAGAGUGACUCAGCUACGUACAAAUUCAGAUUUACAGAUCAGACUGGAACAUGGAGAUAUACUGGUGAUCCUGGAGUCACUCUGUCUGUCACAGGUCUUCAGGUGAAGGUGACUGGUGGACAUCAGGAUAAGACACUGACCUGUAUCACCACCUGUACUCUGACUGACAACCCCACCUACAUCUGGUACAAGAACGGACAAAAUCUAGAUGAGAGCACCUCCCCCCAGUACAAAGACCCAGUCUCCAGUAACUAUGGAGACAGUUACUCCUGUGCUGUAAAAGGCCAUGAGGAUCUCCACUCUCCUGCAGUGUGUGUCCAGGGUCAGGACUGCAACAGAGUGACUUACACCAAGAGGACAAUCUGUGCCUUGAAGGGGUCAACAGUGGACAUAUCCUGUACUUAUUUCAGUGGUUAUGAUACAGUCAAAUCAACACUCUGGUUUAGUCCUAAACAGAGUGACAGCUGGAGGGAUGAGUUGAUCCCUGAGGACCUAACCACAGACCCAGGGUAUGCAGGUCGUGUGGAGUAUGUUGGAGAGAAGGAGAGAGGUCGCUCCACCCUGAGAAUCACAGAUCUGAGAGAGGAGGACUCAGCUGAGUACAAGUUCAUAUUCAACACACAGACAUCAAGAUGGGGACACAGCUUCCCUGGAACAACUCUGACUGUCACAGACCUGCAGGUGAAUGUGAGUCCUGCCACAGAGGCAGGGAAGAGGACACUGACCUGUAUCACCACCUGUACUCUGACUGACAACCCCACCUACAUCUGGUACAAGAACGGACACAAAGUAAAGGAGGACACCUCCAGCAUGUACACAAACGACUUUAGUGAUGCAGACAGUUACUCCUGUGCUGUAAAAGGCCAUGAGGAUCUCCUCUCUCCUGCAAAGUGUCAGAAGUGUUGGAGUGUGACUUACACCCAUCAGAAGAUCUGUGCUUUGAAGGGGUCAACAGUGGACAUUUCCUGCUCUUACACAUAUCCCAGUUACCAUGAGAUCAAACAAGCUUUCUGGUUUACUAAAUGGUCUGGUCUGGAGGCUGAAGAUCUGAGCUCAGUGCCAGGGUAUGAGGGUCAUAUAGAGUACCUUGGGGAUAAGGAGAGUGACUGUACCCUGAGAAUCACAGACCUGAGAUUGAGUGACUCUGCUGGGUACAGAUUCAGAUUCAUAACAUCUGGAGACAAGUUUUCUGGCUCACCUGUCUCCCUGACUGUCACAGAUGCUGUGUUGGAGAUGGAUCCUACAUCUGUGUUAGAGGGGGAGAGAGUCACACUGAGAUGUAGAACCAACUGUACACUGGACCCCAUCACAGCCUACAGUUGGUAUAAGAAUGGACAGUCUAUACCAAACAGCAACACCUCCUCUCCUGUCUAUAUCCUGUUCUCAGUCAGCAGUGAGGAUACAGGCAGAUACUCCUGUUCUGUAGAAGGACAUGAGGAUCUCCCCUCUGCUGAAGAGACUCUCACUGUCACAUAUGGUCCAUUGAACCCCUCAGUGUCAGUCAGUCCCUCUGGUGAACUAGUGGAGGGCAGUUCAGUGACUCUGACCUGCAGCAGUGAUGCCAACCCACCUGUGGACAAAUACACCUGGUACAAGAAGAACGUAGCCUCACCAAAAGCAUCAGGACAGAGUUACAUCAUCCAUAAUAUCAGCUCUGAGGACAGAGGAGAAUAUUACUGUGAGGCUGAGAAUAAAUAUGGACGUCUCAACUCUUCUUCUGUGUCUGUGGACGUUCAGUCAGUGUUUCCCUGGGUUCCUGUGGUGGGGGUGGGGGCUGUCCUGACUGCUGGAGCUCUGCUACUCACCAUCUACUGCACUCUGAAGAGGAGAUCCACAGGAGGAAGUGAUGACACAGCAGACACACUGAGUGUCCAUCCUGACCCCAACAGUGACAUGUACACAUCUCUGAACAUGAAGACCAGGUCACCAGAGUAUGACACCCUGGCAAAUGUGAGAGACUUGGCAGUGACACACACAGGCACUCAGAUAGAUGCUGAGUCCUCCGAUUACGAGAACUAAAGAGAACCACGACAGAACAUGGACUGAAGAGAACCACCACAGAACUUGGACUGAAGAGCAACAGCAUCAAACCAAAGCUAGGCCUCACAAUGUUAUUCUCUUACUAUCAUGUUGCUUUCUUAUCUAGGUUUGAGACAAUGAGCUUUAACUUUUGAGUAUGUGCUGGAAUUUAGAUUGUUCUUCUAAUGAUAAAUACAGUAUGUGCACUACCGUUCAAAAGUUUGGGGUCACUUAAAAUGUCCUUGUUUUUGAAAGAAAAGCAAAAAAAUGUGUCCAUUAAAAUAGCAUCUAAUUGAUCAGAAAUGCAGUGUAGACAUUGUUAAUGUUGUAAAAUACUAUUCUACCUGGAAAAUGCAGAUGUUUUAUGGAAUAUCUACAAAGGCGUGCAGAAGCCAAUUAUCAGCAACCAUUACCCCUGUGUUCCAAUGGCACGUUGUGUUAGCUAAUCCAAGUUUAUCAUUUUAAAAGGUAAAUUAAUCAUUAGAAAACCAUAUUGUUAUUAUGUUAGCACAGCUGAAAACUGUUGUGCUCGCUGAUUAAAGAAGCAAUGAAACUGGCCUUUUUUACACUAGUUGAGUAUCUGGAGCAUCAGCAUUUGUGGGUUCAUUUACAGGUUCAACAUGUCAACUUAUCUGUUUACUAUCUGUAGAUUGUAUUGCUUAUCUUUUUUAUGGGAUUUUGCCAAUUCCAGAUUUUGAACGAUGCGGGCGAGGUUCAAACACAGCUAGCGAGCAUUCACAAAGAAAAUAUUAUAUCAGAAAUCAGCAGCAUAGUGAGAAACAGCUAGUUACAGUAGCAGAGUCAACGGAGGACAAGAAGCCAGCGUAGAGUAGCAGCAGCAGAGUCAACAGAGGACAAGAAGCCAGCGUAGAGUAACAGUAGCAGCAGCAGAGUCAACAGAGGACAAGAAGCCAGCGUAGAGUAACAGUAGCAGCAGUAGAGUCAACAGAGGACAAGAAGCCAGCGUAGAGUAACAGUAGCAGCAGCAGAGUCAGAGGACAAGAAGCCAGCGUAGAGUAACAGUAGCAGCAGCAGAGUCAACAGAGGACAAGAAGCCAGCGUAGAGUAACAGUAGCAGCAGCAGAGUCAGAGGACAAGA